AUGGUCGAUUCAACGAAUCAACAAGUCAUUAAUAAUUAUCAAUUGGGUGACUGCCUUGGAAAAGGUGCGUUUGGCUCAGUUUACAGAGCAUUAAACUGGGAAACGGGCGAAGCCGUUGCUGUUAAAAAAAUAAAACUUAGUAAUAUACCUAAAUCAGAUCUAAAUUUUAUCAUGACUGAAAUAGAUUUAUUAAAAAAUCUAAAUCAUCCAAACAUUGUAAAAUAUAAAGGAUUUGUUAAAACAAGGGAGUUUCUAUUUAUAAUUUUAGAGUACUGUGAAAAUGGCUCAUUACACAAUAUUUGUAAAAAAUUUGGUAAAUUUCCUGAAAACCUUGUAGCAGUAUAUAUAAGCCAAGUGCUAGAAGGAUUAUUAUACCUACAUGAACAAGGUGUAAUACAUCGUGAUAUCAAGGGUGCAAACAUAUUAACCACAAAAGAAGGUUUAGUAAAACUGGCUGAUUUUGGUGUGGCAACUAAAACAACAACAUUAGGCGAUUUUGGUGUUGUUGGCUCUCCGUAUUGGAUGGCUCCAGAAAUUAUUGAAUUAUCAGGUGCAACCACAUCAUCGGAUAUUUGGAGCGUGGGAUGUGUCGUGAUUGAACUGUUGGAAGGCAAACCACCAUAUCAUCAUCUUGAUCCGAUGCCUGCACUUUUUCGAAUAGUGCAAGAUGAACAUCCUCCAUUGCCCGAGAGUGCAUCUCCGGCUGUAAAAGAUUUUUUAAUGCAGUGUUUCCAUAAAGAUAAAUACGAAGAAACAAUAAAAAGUGUACAAGAGUGGAACAAAGCAUUAAAAGCUUCAAAAUCUAAUAUUAAAUUACCACCAGCUUUUAAUAGGCGAAGGAAAAGUGAACAAAUUAAGUUACAAUUGUUAUCAUUACCAUCACCCGAUAAUGCUAAUAGAAAGAAAUCAAUUGAUCAAGUAUCAAUAGUUGAUAAUAAUUGGGACAAUUUUGUUGAUUUAGGUUCAAAAAAUUUAACGGUAGUUAGUACAAACAAUGCACAAAAUAAUAGAUUAUCAAUGGUCGAUUUGCAACCUGAUAGCGAAGAUGAUAAUUGGGAUGAUGAUUUCGAUGACUCGAUAACUAUCACAAAAAUCGCUGCUCAUCAAAAUAAACAAUUAAAUAAUAAAAAAGCCAAAAAAAAUAAUAAUAUUGGUGGCGAUGAUGAUACCAAAAUGUCAAGUCCUAAAAAACAUUCGAAAGGUAAAGAACCUAUGGAAUCAUCUCAAAUCAAUGGUGAAACUAAUAUUAAUAAUACAAAUGGCUCAUUAAAAUCAUCUGCAUCAUUUGAACCACCGUCACCAUCACCAUCACCAUCACUGACUUCGUCACCAUUAUUACAACAACAAAAAAGAUCUAAACCAUUACAAAUAAUAAGACCCACAUCAUUAUCAGCACAGCAACAACAGAAACAACCAAUAAAACCAAUCUAUUCAACUUCUUUAACAGAAAAUCACAUCACAAUCUUUUCAUCAUCCCCAAACAAUACCACCAAUGCAAGACCUAAAUCUCCUUAUCCUCCAAAUCUAUUUAAACAACAUCGUCGUAGGGUCAGUGAUUUAGAAGCCAACAAACGACCAUUUUCUUAUAUCAAUGGUCUACAAAAUUCUACAUCAUUAUCAUCUGCAUCGUCAUUACCAGAUGAUAAACCCUUACCACCAUUACCACGCUAUAGUAAAUCUCCUAAUUCUGCUGGCUUAGGAUUAUCAUUAUCAAGCCGGGUUUCAGCUCCUGUCCUACCAAGCAUUGAGAUACCUGAUUCUUAUUAUGAUAAAGUUCUGUCUACAAGUGCAACAAGUAAUAUGAGUAACGCAUCACCAAUCUCGCCACUUCGUGAUACACCAACUGGUGGUGAUAAACAAUCAUUAAUGAUUAAAUCAAGACCUACUAACAAUAGUUGGCUCGCCGAGGAUAUAAGUGACGAAGAUGAUCCAUUUGCAGAGAUUGAGGAGAAAUUUGACGAGAUGGACAUGGAAGCUUAUAUAGCUAGAGACAAAUAUGCUCAUGCGUGUUCAAGGCUAGAAGAACUUAUUAACGCGCUACUGCCUAAUGAGAGCGAAGAGAGAUUAUUGAUCACAUGUGGUUUAUUGAUUGAUCUUUUGCACGAACAUAAACAACUUAAAAGUCAUUUCAUCAUUUUUCAUGGCGUGAUACCGAUCAUUGAAAUAUUGGAAAUAUGUGUCUACUCAAGUGUAUUGACCAAGCUACUGAGAAUAAUUAACAUCAUCAUCGAGGAUAAUAUUAACCUGCAAGAAAAUUUAUGUCUGGUGGGUGGUAUACCUGUGAUAAUGAAUUUCACCUUGAAACGAUACUCAUAUGAUAUCAGAUUGGAGGCCGCAACUUUUAUAAAACACAUAUGUCACACCUCACCCAUUGUACUGCAAAUGUUUGUUUCGUGUAGAGGAUUGAAAGUUUUGGUGGAAUUUCUACAAGAGGAUUACAAUGACCGCAAGGAAUUGGUUUGGAUAGCUGUUAAUGGAAUCUGCAGCGUUUUUGAACUUCAGAGUCCAACUCCAAAAAAUGAUUUUUGUCGUCUAUUGGCAAAAAAUGGAUUGUUAGAUCCGUUGGCAAACACGCUUCACGAUGUUAUAAAGGACGAAGAUGAAAAGGCCUUCAUUUAUAUUAACAAGAUAAUCAAUAUAUUUUUACAAUUCUCACAAGCUGACACCUAUGUAACUGAAGUGAUGGCAACCAAAACUAAGGUGAUAUCAAGAAUUUUUGAAGAGUUGGAUGAAUUGCCAGCAAACAUGGUUGUCUCGUUGCUUAAAUGUAUAAAAAAUAUGUCAAUGAACUCUAACACUCUGGAUGCAUUACAAAAAGCAGGAGCUAUUCAAGUAUUGACCGCAGUGUUGGAUAAACAAAGUCCACCAUACAUCACCGAAAUCUCGAAUCAAGUUCUCAACACAAUGUUUAAUCUAUGUCGUAUAAACAAGUCAAGACAAGAGGAAGCGGCGAAAGCCGGGGUCAUACCACAUUUGCAAUAUUUCGCGUCUAAUAAAACGCCACUAAAGCAAUUUUCUUUGCCUAUAUUAUGUGAUAUGGUACACACAGGCGAAUUGUGUCGUGAUUUGUUGUGGAAACAUGAUGGCUUGCAGUUCUAUUUAGAAUUAUUGAUUGAUCCCUAUUGGCAAGUAAAUGCUUUGGAAGCAAUACUUGCUUGGCUACAAGAGGAAUGUGAAAUGGCUCAGCCUAAAUUUUUCAAACGCCUAUUACAACGUUUGUCACAUCCAAAAGCUGUUGUCAGGCUCAACUUGUUACGUAUAUUAAAAACCGUUUGUGAUUCGCAUCCACAACGUGAAGAUGUUAUAGCCAAAUAUGAAUUGUUUGACGUUAUUGAUAAAAUGAGCAAGAAUGACCAGGCGGUUUUGAUCAGAGAGUUGGCCAAAGAUAUACUUAUGCAGGAUCCUUUUAGUCUUGGUAUAUCAUUAUCGUCAUUGCCUGUUAGCAAUCCGCCAGCAACAUCUUUAUCGAAAGACGUUAUAUCUGAGGAGGAAGAAUAUGCUACUAGUUUUUAUACCAAUAGUCAUGUACCGUUUACAUCAUUCAAAGAUAAUUUGGUUAACAAUUCUGCUUUGCCUGUUGAAGGGUACGGCGUGAAUCUGAAACAAGAAACAGUAAAACCUAAAAGACCUUUAUCGACUCCAUUUGAAUUAUCAUUGGAUCAAGUGAUUGAACAAGGAGGAGACAAGAAAACUUCUUCGACUUCUAUUUCCUCAACUCCAAUAAUACCUAAUAGUAAUUAUAGACAACAACAGCAACAAUUGCCUUCUCAAAAGAAAAGACCAGUUUCUUUUGUUUCACAUCCACCAAAUGGCAAUGAUUCAAUUAAACUUCCUCGUUCAAUCUCAUUAAAAAAUCGUAAAAAUUCUCAUCAACAAAAAAUUUUAUCAUCAGCAUCAUCUACACAUUCGUCGAUUAACAACAACGAACAACAUUUAUCAACAAUAAGAUCAAGUGUAUCAGCUACUUCUACCGACACAAAUACUUCUACCAACUAUUACAACUACAAUAAUGAUUCAGGAGCCGUCUCACUUUUCCCAUAUGAUCAUAUUCGUAAAAGAGAAAGUUCACGAAAAAUUAAAGGUAUAGCUUAUAACAGAUCAUAUAAUAGACAAGCUAUGAAUGAAGAGGAGGAAACAGAAUCUGUAGCACCAUCAAUUAAUUCAAUUGGUUCAACAAAUAUUGAAACAGAAGGUGGCGUUAUAGCAAUGAAAUUUGGAACAAAUUCUUCUAGUGCUACUACUGCUACUAAUGCAAGUAUGAAAGGAACAAAAAAUGAACACAUGGAUCGUCAUCAUCAUUUACAAUCUUCAAUGUUUGUAUGGUUGAAAAAAAGAAUGAUGGGAGGUGGGAAUAGUAAGAUUAAGAAAGAAAAAAUAUCAGCAGUCAAUCAUAUUACACAUGAAAAUCAAGAUUCAAAUAACAAUUUAAUCAAUGAUGCAAAAAAACUUUUGGGGUGCUUCUUGCAAGCUGGAACCCUGCAAUUUUCUGAAAUCACUGAAGAAGAAUUGGUUGCUAUGACACAUCUUUGUGCAAUAGGAAUCAUAAAAGAAAGGAAAAGUCAGUUAGAGUUCACAUCCAAUAUUAGUUUUGAUCUGUUAUCAAGUAGAUAUUAUCCUUUCUAUGUAGAAAUAAUAUAG